AUGGAAUUUUCUCCGAACGAAUUGUGUGUUUGUCUGUACAAAGAUGUUGGAUAUGCAGCGAAAAUCAUGAAACAGAAGGUCAUCCGCGGGAAAAUUCACUAUCUCGUUCUUUUCGUCAACUGGAACAAGAGAUUCGACGAGCUCAUUCCAAAUGACUCGCCUCGAUUGGUCAAGGGAACUCUUGAGGACUAUAACAAACCUCUACCUGCCAGUUCCAGCGAUCAAGAGUUCUCAGAUGAAUCUACAUCGGACACAGAAAACAUGGAAUUCACCAACAUGGAAUACGAUGACGAGGUUUUUGAAAAGCGCUCAAAUUCUGAUGCGCCUUCGAAUUUUACUCUGAACGUCUUUAUUCCUAAAGAACUCAAAACAGACGCAAUUCGUUCUUCCUCCUCCAAGUUGCAAAGAAACAUUGAUUUCACGUCCGAAAAACUCAUCAACAAAUUCAAAAUCGCACUAACAAAGGAGUUAAUCAAGGCUAAGGAUAACAAUGACAAGCCAAAACUUCAUAAGCUCGCUUCGGCGAAGAACUAUAUUGUGAAAAUCAUUCAUUAUCUGUACAGUACGAUGGAAUGGAUAGAUGCGAGCGUAUUAUUCAAUGUUGAGAAUUUGAUCAAAGUGAUCCAACUUGUACCUUCGAUUCAGAACUUUCGGCCAUUGCCUAAACAGCUCGCACAGCAUUACGCGGUUGUCGGUACUGAAUUCGUGCAUUUCCUCCAUUCAAAGUUGCGCCGAUUCCGCCGAUUCAACAAUCGUCUUUCCUUUCCGCGACAACAUGCUCACCGCCGUCGUGAACAGUGA